AUGUUGUCGAGAGCUCUCACCAGACCCGGGCUCGGCUUGCGUUUCCCGCAGGCGUUCCGGACUCUCGCCACCACCCCGAAAUUGCACAAGCCGGCGUUGGCCUACAACACCGCCGGGGGUUCGGCGAUGGCGGCCCCUCCCCAGGACUUCCGGGUGCCCAAGCCCAAGACGUGGGAAGAGCUGAACGAGCUGUUCCUUUCCAAAGCGACCAAGUUCUUCUUCUUACAGGAGAUCGUGCGGGGUAUGUACAUCGUGUUGGAGAUGUAUUUCCGCGAGCCUUACACCAUCUACUACCCGUUUGAAAAGGGGCCGAUUUCCCCGAGAUUCCGGGGCGAACACGCGUUGAGACGCUACCCGCUGGGCGAGGAACGGUGCAUCGCCUGUAAGCUCUGCGAGGCGAUCUGCCCGGCGCAGGCCAUCACGAUCGAGGCCGAGGAACGGUUGGACGGGCUGAGAAGAACCUACAAGUACGACAUCGACAUGACCAAGUGCAUCUACUGCGGGUACUGCCAGGAACUGUGCCCCGUCGACGCCAUUGUCGAAACCCCCAACGUCGAGUACUCGACGGCGACGAGAGAGGAGUUGUUGUACAAUAAGGAGAAGUUGUUGGAAAACGGCGACAAGUGGGAACAGGAAUUGCAGUACUGCAUCGAGGCCGACGCCCCCUACCGAUAG